UCUCUCCCUCUCUCUCUCUCGCUCCCCCUCUCGCUCUUUACUUCUCGCCCCUGCCUUGCGUGGCCCACGUCCCCGGGCCUGUGUCGGUGACUCGGGAAAGGCCCGCGAGCUUCCCGCCUCGCCUUUUCUCCCCCUCCCCCUCCCCGCUCCCCCUCUCAGCCGGCUCCCCACCGGUUGCGCGGCGCCAUGAGCGACGCCCUCUUGACCCAGGUCUCCUCGACCGAGGCCUCCCUGGCCGAGAUCGAUCUCGGGGGGCCCGGGCCGGCCAGCGACUCGUCCACCAUGCUGGCGGCCAAGUCGCUGGAUUUCCUGCCGGGCGCCAUGUCGGCCUCGCCGCCGGACCGGGGCCAGGCGUGCCAGGCCAAAAGCCCGGGCGCCGCCCCGGCGCCGGGGUCCAGCGCGCCGACAACCCCCUCGCGGGGCAGCACCUCCGGGCAUGGGGCCCAGCAGCUGGCCUCGUCGCCGGUGGCCGAGCGGUCGCCCUCCUUCCGGGUGCAAGUGUGCCGGCUGGCGGCCGGGCCCGGUGAGGCGGACGACCUGCCGGCCGGGCCGGUGGCCCUUGUCCCGCCGGCCGCCGGGGCGUCCACCUCGCCGCUGUUGUCGUCGCGCGCCUGCCUGCGGGAGCCGCUGGCCGGCCGGUCGUCCGGGGCCGAGCUCCCGGCCGGGGGGGCCUUCGUCACCGCGGCCACCGGGGUGUCGCUGCCGGGGCCGGUGCUGACGCCGGUCGGCCGGCCGGCCGAGGCCACCGGCCACACGUCGGCCCUGCCGGUGGCCGACCAUGGGCUGACCCUGCGCGACUUGAAGCCCCUGCGCAUGAUCGGCAAGGGGGCCCAUGGGAUCGCGGUGCUGGCCCGGGUGCGGCCGCGGCCGCCCGGGCGCCCCGGCAGCGGGGCCCCGAACGCCACCUCGCCCCUGGACUCGGCGGGCCUGGGCCUGAGCCUGUCGACCGAGUACCAGGAGUUCGGCCUGUCGCCGCCGUCGCAGCACCCGGCGUCCGGGCAGCUGCAACUGUCGCCGCCGCCGGCCGGGGCCGGGACCCCCCUCGGCCCGGGGCCGGCGGCCCCGGAGGAGCUGGUGGUGGUGAAGCAAAUCCGCCUGCAGCUGCGCCUGUCCGGGGAGCAGCUCCAGCCGGGCGAGACGGCCGAGCAGGUGAACAAGCGCCGGGCCGAGGCCCUGGCCCAGCGGUGGGCCAAGGUCGGCGAGGCGGCCCUCCUCCGGCGGCACAUCCCCCCGCACCCGCAUGUCAUCGGCUACCGGGGCAUGUUUGUCAUCAUGCGCGGCCAGCCGGCCGGCCGGGCCGGGGCCCCGGGCCCGGCCGAGCCCGGCCCCGAGCCCGGGGGGGACUUCAACCACCUCGAGUGUGUCCUCUGCGUGGUGACCGACUUCGCGGAGAAGGGCGACCUGUUCACCCUGCUGAAGGCGCACGAACACUCGCCCAUCCCGGAGCCGGUGGUAUGGACGCUGAUCCGGCAGCUGGCGUCGGCCCUGGCGCACCUGCACGCGCACGGGGUCGCCCAUCGGGACCUGAAGCCCAAGAACAUCUUCGUGGCCCAGUGCGGCCGGCUCAUGCUCGGGGACUUCGGCGUGGCCAAGAUCAUGGAGGGCGACCACCCGGUCCCGGGGCCCGGCAUGUCGCCGUGCCUGGCCCCGGCGGAUGGCCCCCCGGGCUCCGGGCCGGGCUCGAGCUCGGGCUCGGACUCGGGGGCCGCCGGCGCGCCCGAUGCCCGCGGGCCCGCGGGCCGGAAGCGUGGCCGGGGCACCGGCUCGCAGGGCCCCGAGCCGGAGGGGCCCGGCCCGGAGGCCCGGCAGCGCCGCGUCGGCACCCCGUACUACUUCAGCCCGGAGAUGGCCCUCGGUCGGAAGCACGACCAUCGGACGGACCUGUGGUCGCUGGGGUGCAUCGCGCACGAGCUCAUGACCCGGCAGGUGGCCUUCCGCGGGGCGCGCAACAUGCGCGACCUGUACCAUCGCAUUCUCCGGCGCGAUGUGACCGACGAGCUGCCCGGGUACUACUCGGUGCGGCUUCGCCAACUGGUCACCGAGCUGAUGAGCCUGAACCCGGACCACCGGCCGACGGCCCUCGCUGUGCAGGAGCUGGCCAGCCGGUAUGCGGCCCCGAGCGACAAUGCGCUGGAGCUGCUGCACUCGCCGCCCGGGAGUCCGGCCCCGGUGGCGCCGGGCCCGGAAGCCCUCCCGCCGGCCAAGCGGCCGCGCGUGGACCCGGCCGAGGGGCCCGCCGCCGUCGGCCCGGGCGCCGUGGGGUCGGUGGUGGCGGCGGCGGCGGCGGCCGCCGCCGCUGUUGCCGCCGGCCAGCGCCCGGCCGUGCUCAUCCCCGGCGACGAUGACGACGACUUCCUGGACGUGUCGCCCGAGGCCGGGACCACCCUGUCCAGCAGCGACGAGGAUGACUACCUGGAUGUGUCGGCGGCGGCGCCGGCCGGCGAGCCGCUGUCCCGGCUGCUGGGCCUCGGCAGCGGGCACUCCUCGCUGGACCGGCUGUCGGCCGGGUCGUCGCUGCUGUCGCUCGGCGACCCGGGGGCCAUGUCGGCCGACAACUUCUGGUCGGCGGUCAGCGGGCCGCCCGGGGCCGGGGCCUGCACCGACGCCGGGGGCUUCUCCGAGUCGGACGGGCAGCAGCUCAUCCAUGCCUUCAUGGAGGGGGACUGGGGCGCGGUGCGGCCCGUGCCGCCGGGCCCGGGCCCCGGCCCCGGCCCCGGCCCCGGCGGCCUGGCCUUCGCCGGGAAUCUCGGCAGUGUGGCGGCCGCGCGGGCCGGGGUCAUGGCCAUGGCGCCGGCCGCCGGCCGGCCGGUGCCCGCCCGGGCGAAUGCCACGCACCAGGCGCACCUGGUCAUCGAGUCGCUGCGCACGCGCAAUGAGCAGCUCCAGCGCGACCUGUCCACCCAGUCGCACAACCUGCUGGAAACCAGCGCCCGGUGUGACAUGCUGGAGGAGCGGCUGGCCAGCAUGGCCGCCCGGCUGGGCCAGGCCGAGGCGGCCUACCACGAGUCGGUCGGGCGCCUGGUGCAGGACCACCAGGCGGAGAUGGCCCGGCUGCGGCAGCAACUGGCCGAGCGCACGGCCCAGGUGGCCCGGCUGCAGCAGGCCGCCGCGGCGGCCAGCUCCAACCCCGCGCCCUCGCCUGCGGCCGCGGCGGCCCGGUCGACCCCCUCCGCCGCGCAGUCGCGCCUGAUCCAGCAGCAGCAGGAGCAGCUCCGGACCGCCCUGUUCAAGGGCCUGCGCUCGGCCAAUGCCCUCAUCAGCCCGGGGCACAUCCACCUGGCCGGGGUGGUCCUGCGCAAGCACCUCCACGGGGUGACCGUCCCCCGGGAGGGCGGCCAGCCGGGCCAGCCGCUGGUCGACUGGAUGCAGGAAAUGUGCGCCGGGUUCCUGGCGGACAUGGCCGCCGGGCAGAGCCCCCACUCGAUGGAUGUGGACUCCCUGCGGGAGGUGCUGCCGCUGGCGGUGUGGGAGCGCGCCCUGCCGGCCGAGCAGCAUCCCCUCCUCCGGCAGUAUGCGCCGCUGAUGCUGGCCAUGCUGCUGCUCCGGGAGCGCCUGGGGGCGGUGGCUGGCGGCGGGUCGCCGGCGGCCGACCGGCGCCCGAGCACGCCCUUCUCGGCCGGCGCGGCGGCCGGCACGCACGCCACCACCCCGGGCGGGGUGGCGGCGGCCAGCCCGCGAUCGCCAUCCUCCCGGGCCGGGCCGCCGCCCCCAUUGCUCCUGUCCCCCGGGGGGCUCUUCCUGCCCGGCACACCGAGCAUGAGCCGGUGCGUGUCGCCGAAUGGCUUUGCCCCGGGCGGGUCGCCGUGCCCGACAUCCCCGCUGGCCAGCAGCCCGCCGCCGAUGUCGCCGGUCAGUUAG